UUAGUUUCCACAUGAACAGUCACCUUCUCUUGUACACUUGCUAUAUUUUAAUAUGUAUAGUUAUGUUGUAUAUAAUAUAGUUUCGCUCUGUAUUAUCUAUAUGCCAGAGGAGAGAUUUCAUUAUAGAAUCUGGAGCAGGUCAGGGAGCUACCCUAUUGGUUUGUUUGACUUUUGGUAUGGUGGUGGUUGGUGAUCUUGGAUUUUGGUAUUUGUCGAUUUGAAGGUGUGUCAUGUUUGCUGAUGCUGUAUUAUAUUCGUUGCCAUGGAUUUGAGAAUAUUGGUCAUGUGGUGGAGUUCUUGACCUUUUGGUGAAGGGUAAAAUACUUGGUGGUUUGCUUAUACUCCGGAGGAUUAAGAAUGGAGGAACAGAAUUCGUGGAUACGGAGGACGAAAUAUUCUCAUAGUGUCUACCAACGUUCGGGCUCUGCAAGACCGGAUCCAGGUUCUUUCCAUCAUUCUAGUCAAUUUUUGGGUGUCAGAUCAAGAGUUGUGCCUGGUUCUCAUCUGCAACCAAUAGAGUCUAGUGUUUCCGAGGUUCAGAAAAGUCUUGAAAUGAACAAGCAUUCUAGUCAAUUUUCAGGUGUCAGGUCAAGAGUUGUGCCUGGUUCUCUUCUGCAAUCAAUAGAGUCUAGUGUUUCUGAGGUUCAGAAAAGUCUUGAAAUGAACAAGAUCAAGGCUGUAUCACCUCAUGUUAGCCCUCCCCAAACAGCUUUCGAAGAUAAAUUUGAUCAGAACAAAUUGUCAACUGAAACUCUUGGAACUGAUUCUCCUUCACAACAAUCAGGUUCUGGUGCUCCUCAGCUUCGACGUAGUUCUGGAAGAAGCAAGUUCAGGGCUGUAUCUCCUAUUACUCAGACCAAAAUUCCCCGGACAUUUAAGGAAGCAAGAUCCAAUAGCAAGAGAUUCUCAACUCCACAGCCAGUAAGACGAGCUACUGAAAAGGGAGUUCUAGCCAAGUUCUUGCACAAAGAUUCGUGUGAGAAGAGGGCUCCUAUCUAUAUGUCAAGCACCAACAUUGGGGAGCUUGGGCACUUCGCUGCAAUGAAUAUAAAUGAUAAGAAAAAGGGCCGGAAGGAGUCAACAUGGACAAAGUACUUUGAUCAUGCUGGGGGACGGGUCACUGCUAUUGAAUCAGCUGAUGAGUGGAUGGUGGAUCUUUCUAAGCUAUUUCUUGGGCUUAAAUUUGAUCAUGGGGCAUAUAGUCAACUGCAUCACGGAAUCUACAAGGACGAACCUGUAGCUGUAAAAAUUAUUAAAGUACCAGAUGGUGAUGAAAAUGGAGAUCUUGGAGCUAAACUAGAGAAGCAAUAUACAAGAGAAGCAACCCUCUUGUCUCGUUUACACCACCAAAAUGUCAUAAAGUUUGUGGCAGCAUGCAAAAAACCACCAGUCUUCUGCAUCAUCACAGAAUAUCUCUCUGAUGGUUCUUUGAGGGCAUACCUGCGCAAGCGCGAGCAGAAACCUCUCUCAUUGGGAAAACUAAAUUCAAUGGCUCUUGAUAUUGCUCGAGGGAUGGAAUUUAUUCACUCACAAGGCAUAAUUCAUAGGGACCUCAAACCUGAAAAUAUACUUAUCAAUCAAGAUUUUCAGCUGAAAAUUGCUGAUUUUGGAAUAGCUUGUGACGAGGCAAAUUGUGAUUCUCUGACUGAUGAUCCUGGCACUUAUCGCUGGAUGGCCCCUGAGAUGCUCAAAUGCAAAUAUUAUGACAAAAAGGUAGACACUUACAGCUUUGGAUUAAUAUUGUGGGAGAUGGUAACUGGAAGCUUACCUUACAAGGAUAUGACCCCCAGCCAAGCUGCUUUUGCUGUUUUAAACAAGAAUUUAAGACCAAUGAUCCCCGAGGACUGCCCCCCUAACAUGGGAGCAUUGAUUGAGCAAUGUUGGUCCUUGAGACCAGAUAAGAGGCCGGAGUUCUGGCAGGUUGUUAAGGUACUAGAGCAGUUCGAGUCUUCACUUGCACGUGAUGGAACCCUAAAUAUGGUACCAAACGCAAUAUGCCAAGAUCUUAAAAAGGGGCUUCUUUAUCGGAUGCAAAAGCUUGCCCCUGUGCGUCCAAAUUCUCUACCAAUGCCCAAGCCUAGAUUUGCAUAAAUUUUCAUCUUGGUUAUCUUGAUCACAUUGUGACAUUCAAGAUCUCAUUUUCGUGUUGUAUUUUUCUUAAACUUGUCAGCAGGUGUGAAUUACCAUAUUAUAGGAAUGCAUUCAUGUUAAUUUUCUGUAGAAAUAAUCAUCAUAUUCAGGACAAGUUAUACCUUGGCCAAAUCUUUUUUUGGAAA